GUAGUGCACUUUUGAUAAAGAAUUUUUUUGACGUUCUGCGUGACAUAUAUUUGCAGGUCCUGAACAAGACCAUGCCCAGAAAGAAAGCCUGUCAUUCGGCGAAUCUAGUAAAAAGACUGGUCAGCUUGAUACAGCAAGAAAAUAUUACUUCAUGGACCGAGGUCCUUUCAAAUGAUUUUAUAAAAAAAUUACUUGGUUCUGACUCGAGGAGCAAAAGUGGAGGACAUCAAGGUGGAAAAGUCGAAAACACUAUAGUCAGAAUUAAAAGCAAUAUUUCAAACCCUACAUGCCAUGUGCACGCUGCGGUGGCCGCAAUUUUAGGGCCCAAACCGCCUAAUCCACCCAAGCACUCAAAGCCAAAAGAUUUACAAGCUGAGGACGAAUUUGAUGGUGACGAAAGUGUAUCUAGCGACACCUCUUCCACCAGCUCAUCAAUGGAUGAGGAAACUGGCAAAGACAGUGACAGUCCCAAGAGCAAUGGAGCUGAUUCAGACAGUGGAGCUGAAGAGGAUGCCAGCGGCAGGCCUGUCCCUCUCCCAGGGGAUGGUUUUGUAAACGAAGAAGAUGUCGAAGAGGAACUAGCACAGCCAAUGGCUGCACUCGGCAACGUCAAACUGAAAAUCAAAGACCUGACCAAGAGAGAGGCAGCAUCAGUUCGUCACAAAGCUGAGUCGAUGGGAGCCAAAUUUGUAGACGGCGACGCUGACUACAUCAUUGGACCUUUCAAAACACAGGUGUCCAACCUCAAGCAAGUUACCUGGUUUUGGCUGGAGGAAUGUGGUGAAAAAGGUCAAACAGUGCCAAUAAAAUUCUACCAUAGGCCAAUUCUACUUUGUCCGAAAAAGCCUUUGAAAGGCGUUGUGGUCGCCAUCAGCACGUACGAUGGUAAAGAGCGAGUCUUCCUGUCACAACUGGCCAUUGAAUUAGGGGCAGUCUAUCAAGGCGUGUUUUCCAAGAAACCAGCACCUGAAAUGAACAUCAUAGCCUCCACUCAUUUGAUAUGCCCAACUCCAAAAGGCCCCAAAUUCGAAGCUGCAACCAAAUGGCGUCUGCCAGUUGUGACAAGAGACUGGCUGCUGCAUUGCAGUGAGUCUAAUUGUCGCCUUUCAGAGGAACCAUUUCUGUUGACCAGACCAACUGCCCCCAGUGCCCCCUCUUGCUCUGCAUCGGUUCCUUCCGCUUCGACUUCUUCUAUUCAGAAAGGCAACCCUGAUUUGUCCAUGCCAAUUGAUCCUCCUCCAAACAACCAUGUCUUCAAAACUCCCUCAAGCUCAGCAACUCCAGCUCUUGCUCAGGGCAACAAUCCCAUUGACAUAAUGUGCAUUUCGAGAUUGUCUCUGACGAGUUUUAGGACGGAGGUGGCAAAGUUGGACCCUACACACAAAAAUAGCAGCCCCAAGAACGUACCAAGUGGCGAAGACCAAGCACACUACAAGCAAGAAAAAGAGGAGCCAGCAGCAGAACGACCAGUCCCUCAUUUUAUGCUGACUGGAAUUGCUGAGACGGACCUGAAUCACAUACAGAGAGUGGUGAACAGUCUCAAUGGAAAAAUUUCCGCAACAAAAAUGUUCAACCCUGAGGCCACCCACCUGGUGACCAAUGCUCCGAGUAGAAGCAUCAAAUUGAUUGCAGCAAUUGCGGCUGGUCUGUGGAUACUCCAUCCCGAAUACCUGCUAGAGUCACACAGAGCAGGGAUAUUUACGUCGGAGGAGGAUUUCGAGUGGGGAAAUCCGAAGGCCGCUGGUUUCUUGGAGCCUCAAAUUAAGGACGAUCCGUUGGCCCAAGAGUUGGCAGCUGCCUGCUACCGUUGGAGGAAGACUACUGCUGACAAAAAGGGCGCCUUCAAGGACUUCAAGGCAAUAUUAUUAGGAGCCCCACAGAAUACGGCUGCUUUGAAACGCAUAAUUCUUGCUGGUGAUGGAGAGGUUGUCCCUUAUGAUGAGGAGAACUUUGGUGGAGUGACCCACUGCUUCAUAGAUUUCAACGAGGUCAAUAUGGACUUGAGUGCUUUACGAUCUGCAAACGUGCCAUGCCACAGCCCCUUGUACCUUAGUGAUUACCUCAUCAAAAACCCACCUCCAGAAUCUUAAGACCAUCGCAACUAACUAAAUAUUUUCUUAUUGUACUUUUAAAUUCAAUUCCACAAGUCUUAUUUAAAGUUUUUAAUGAUUAUAUCGCGACAACUAUAAAGUUUUGAAGAUUUUGAAAUAAAUUUUUAUUUGAAUAGUGA